AUGAUAAAGAAGAAUAAGAACGGUGUUGUCGAGACUUAUUUUUCGCAUUCAGAUCGAAUGUUUCCACAAAUCGAAAAUGGUAAAAUACCUACGGAACAAUUUCUUAAAGCAUGUCAAGCUAUCGCUGAUUUUGUCGGAUUUCUUGGAACAGCAUUUAUUCCUGUGCAAAAAGAUAUUAGUGGUAAUGUACAUAAAAUUCGAACAAAAUUUGAAACGAAUCGAAUAAAAUUUAUGUAUUUGGAUAGUUUGAUCGAUGAUGAUUUAUUGUUAAAUGGAGGAAAGUUAAAUGUAGCGACGGAAGGAUUGCUUUGGCUUAAAAGAGGACUUGAAUUUAUGUUGGAAUUUUUAACGGCAAUGGUAAAACAAUAUCGUUCAAGUGUUGAUAAAUCGAAAACGGAAAGUUUGGCUGGAAUCAUAAAUGAAGCAUACGCCACAACUUUAAGACGGCAUCAUGGAUUCAUUUCGAAGCAGUUGUUUAAGGUGGUUAUAUUAGCGGCUCCAUAUCGUUCUACGAUUUUGAAUACACUAGCCGAAGGCAAAAAAGGAAUCGACGACAUUUGCAUUGAUCAUAUUGAAGCACAUCUCGAUAAUUUUCGUAAAAAUGUGACGUAUAUUGUAAAUUAUUAUGUUAAUAAAAAUUUGGAGACACCCAUUUAA